AUGCACAGCAGCGACGGCAUGAAGGCGCCGCUUCUCUCCUCGCACGACGUGCCGCCGCACGUGCGGCAGCCAUUCAUCUCCCUCGGCUACAGGCGGCCGCUGAGGCAUCCUUACCGCCUGGGAGCCGCCGCGGCGGCCGGCCUCUUCUCCUGGCACAACGAGACGUUGAACGUGUGGAGCCACUUGCUCGGCCUUCUCUGGGCACUCUCGCGGCUGGCGGAGACGCUGGCGGCGGACGGCGUUGCGCCUGUCGCAAAGGCCGCUGUCGGAGCCUUUGACGUGUCGGCGGUUGCGGUCCUCGCUGCCAGCGCCACCGCCCACCUCUUUGCGCCCGUCCUGCCGCCCGGGCCGGCAAAGCUGCUGUGGCGGGUGGACCACGUCGGCAUCGUGGUCGCAAUCUGCGGCAGCUACGUCCCGGGCAUCCGGUACGGAUUCCGCUGCCACCUGGUCCCCGGCGCCGCCUAUGGGGCCAUCACCGCUGCGGGCCUGGUCGCCUCGAUGCACCUCACCUUCUACCCCACCGAGAAGCACGGGCGCGACUGGCUCCGCAUCGCGGCGCUCAGCUUCACGACGGGCUUCGGCCUCGUCCCGCUCGCCCAUUUCUGCACCUUUGCCCCGCCCGAGGACAUUCGCGCGCUGGUGCCGGGCCUGCUUGCCAUGUUCGGCUUCUACGCGCUGGGCGUCGCCUUCUUCCUCUCCUUUGUGCCCGAGCGAAUCUCGCCCGCGGUGGGCGAGCUGGUCGGCAGCCACGCCCUCUGGCACGUGUGCAUCGUGGCGGCGCUCUGGUCCUGGGACGUCUCCGUCUCGAGGACUCUCGCGCGUGACUGGUCGUGCGAGCCAGCGCCGUCCGCCGCCGGGUGA